AUGUAAUUUAAUAUUAAUAAAACUACUCCCUCUCGCUUAGAUAACUCCAGUUUAAAAGCUAAACUCAAUAAACAAUAUGAAUAACAUCCAAUUCUUAAUAAUGAUACUUAUAAAAGCACUCUAAAUAAAUUAUACUAAACAUAAAGUUUAAGCUCACUCAUUAAAGAUAAGAAAUCCUCAAUUUCUAGAUAAGUUUCUUAGAAUAUUCCCUUUUGUAAUAGUAUUCCUAGAAAUAAUACACCUAAAUCUGCUUAGCCUUCACAAUAAGUAAACACUUCUUUAUAUUUAAGUAUUACUUUUUUACCAAAUAGAAAGAUUAGAACAAGGUUUAAACAUCAUAACUUAUUAGUAAAACUUUACAAUAAAGUUAUAAUAAGCCCAUCAAUAACCUAGUUAAGGAUAAUUCAUUUGGCAUUUCCAAUAAAUCAAAUACUGAUAGAAAAUAUAAUUUACUGUCUCAGGAAUAAAACAAAUAUAUACCUAAACCUAAAACAGAAAAAGUUGUAUCAAUGGAUAAGAUAUAAACCAAUAACAUUCAAAUUGUUGAUUAAAAAUCUCCAUUCAAUAUUCAUUUAAGUUUAGACGAUUUUGUGACUUAAAUCAAGACCUCAAUAUCUGUUUCUUCUAAAAACAAUCAAAAUAUUUCUCCAUUUAAAUAGGCAAAAUCAUUAUCACCCAAAAAUCGAAUUUUAUCAACUUCCAGAAGUAUUGCAUUUAAAUUAAUUUAGGAAACGUCUAUUAUGUGAGUACAAUGAUUGAAGCUAUGAAUGGAGCAUAUGAUUCUCUGAGUUAAUUAUAUAGAGAUCAUGCUUUAUAAACUUACAAUAGCAUAAGUUUCUGUUUAAAUUAAACAGUGCCUUCUGAUAGUAUAAUAGAAAAGAAACUGGUUAAUUUACCAUAAAGAAAUACCAAAUGUAUAGUUUUAAUACAUUUUAGUUCGUAAGACUGUUGUUUUUGAUCUUGAUGAAACCCUCAUCCAUUGCAAUGAAAAUUAAAACAUUAAAUCAGAAGUUUGUAUACCAAUUACAUUUCCUUCAGGAGAUACAGUUUAAGCUGGAAUCAAUAUAAGGCCAUGGGCUAAAUAAAUACUAAGUCUUUUAUCUGAAGUAUGUGAGGUAGUAGUUUUUACAGCUUCACAUUAAUGUUAUGCAUCUUAAGUGAUUCAAUAUCUAGAUCAUAAAAAAAUACUAAGUGCUUAAUUAUUUAGAGAAAGUUGCAUAGUUACAAAUGAUGGAGUGCAUAUAAAAGAUCUUAGAGUACUUGGUAGAGAUAUGAAAGAUAUUGUCUUAAUCGAUAAUGCUGCAUAUAGCUUUGGUUAUCAUAUUGAAAAUGGAAUUCCUAUUAUUCCAUAUUAUGAUAAUAAAGAUGAUAAGGAAUUAAAGUUAUUGUAUGAUUUCUUAAUAUCUGAUGUUCUUUCUGCAUAUGAUUGUAGAAAAGUCCUUUAAGAAACAUUCAAGCUUCGAGAAUUCUAGAAUUUUAGUAGUCCUAAAGCUGCAAUUGAAAAAUUAUAUUUUUGA